AUGGCUCAUCUGUUGGGUUCUUCAUUUGUAAACCCUCUCAUCCAGGCAGAGAUGACGGUAUACGUCGUUCGAGGACCGAAUUCAGAGGCUAUAUUGGAGAAGGUGGGACGAUGGAAUCCCUCCCCAAUAUCAGUAGCUAGACGCUCUCCAUUGAGCCGCUUGUUAUCGCGAUAUAAUAGCAGGCAGCUGGAGGAUAGCCUGGCUUUCUGGGGCAAAGGGCCGGUUAUAUCAGGCAAUAUCCUUCUGAUCGGAACGGCAUAG